CGCGGAACGGAUUACUUUCGUAACCCGGGGUACCACUGUACUAUAUCCGUACAUUGCUUUGGUCAGUUUUGGGUCCAGUAUUGUGAGAAAAGCAGGAUAUAGAUAAAUAAAUAAAUUGCUAAUGUGCACAGCUGGUGGCCCCUCUUGUGGGCUGGCCUGACUGUCUGAUGGCUGCUUCCUUCCUGGCAGGGCCUUGGCUGAUACUCGGCAGAUGGGGAAGCUGAACAAAGAUCAGUUUGCUCUUGCCAUGCACCUCAUUCAACAGAAGGUCAGCAAAGGCAUUGACCCGCCGCAGGUGCUGCUUCCAGACAUGAUUCCCCCAGCAGAAAGGACCAGGCCUGUCCAGACGCUCUCAGGCUACUUGGCCUCUGUAGGAACUGAGGUCUCAGCACUUGCAGAAAUGCGCCGUGUGAGUAAACGGAGCAUAAACACAGGAAUGCACCCUCCUCACAUCCAUUCCCAUCUUCAAAUGGCUGUUUACUUUUGUUAGCUUAAAACAUCUUAUUCCAUCUGAACAUCUCCACCGUGGUGCCUUCUGGGCAAGGGCACUGCUCUGCUUCUCCAGAGACCUUUCAGCUUUUUCCAGGCAGCACCUCAAAGGGGAUCAGGAUAAUUUGGAGUUGC